CUUUGGUUAAGAAUAAUAAAAAUAAUAAUGCAUUUUUACAAAUCCAUUUACUGAUUCAGAAUUUCAGGUUUUAAAUAAAUUUGUUUUUUACACUACAUGUUAUUAUGGUGCGACGGCAGCGUGAACAAAGCACUACUGAAGACGAAAUUGUAAUUGACACAUCUCCCCCUAAGAAACAUAAACGCCAUAAGCAUAAAAAACACAAGAAAAGAAAAAUCGAAAAUGAUUUUGAAAGCGACACAUCUAUCGACGUCUCUUACGAAGAUGCUGUGGAUAAGCCAUACAAAUUAAAAGUAAAAACUGGCAGGGAGUUAUCUGGUACCUCAGCAGCAGAUCUACUUAAAGCACAAACCAUGAAAUCAUCAUCAGACUCGCGUCGAUCUUUACCAGGUUCCUCGUCCAGCACUCCACCAAAGGCAACAUCUAAAAAAAAGAAAAAAAGUAGAGACAGUGGAACUUCUAGUGAGGAGGAAAGAUGGCUUGAUGCUAUUAAAUCUGGAAAGCUUGAAGAAGUUGAUGAGGAGCUGAAAAAAAUUAAACCGAAGGAUCCUAAAAUGAUGACUGCUAGACAGAGAGCAAUGUAUGAAAGGGGUAAUGACAAAGAAACAAGUCCGGGUGGAGAAGUGUUGCUUGCUCUACCGUCUGGUUAUAAAGAAAAAGUUAUGACUGCAGAAGCCAUUCAGAAAGCAGCACUAAAAUCACAAAAACGAAAACAAUUAGCAGAUGAAAAGCGUGAAAAAGAUAAAAAGAAGACUAUGGAUCGCCUUCUCAAAAAACAAGAAUCAAAAAACUUAAAAAAUGCCCAAAAAGGCAAGCCAGCCAAAAAACAGGAGCCUAUGAUUGUUUAUAAAAACAACAACAAUGAAAUAUCACUGUCAUUGCCACCUGGUGUUCCAUUUCCUUUAGAAACCAGGGUUCCAAUAGAAGCACCUAAACCUAUAAAAUGUGGUAUAGAGGAAUGUAAUAAUAGCAAAAAAUAUAAUUGCUCUAAUAGUGGUAUUCCACUGUGCAGUUUAGAAUGUUAUAAAAAAAAUUUAAGCUUGAUUAUGGUAACGUAAUAUACUAUUA